AUGCCUACGCGGAGUGUACAAGAAGAAUAUCCAACAUGGGUCGGGUUUGUGUUCAUAUUCAACCUGAUCGUCGGCACGGGAGCGCUUGCCCUCCCUUCAGCAUUCAGCCAUGCGGGAUGGAUCCUUGGUUCGCUGGCCAUCGUAGUGCUAGCUUUCAUGAGCUAUGUGACUGUCACGUUCGUGAUCGAAACGAUGGCCUGUGCAAAUGCAGUUCACAACUGGAAACGCCUGCAAUUUAUCAAGCGCGAUCGCGUGAUCGAAUACGAUGAAGAUAGCAACGUAGAAACAAUGGUUGAACCACCGCAUACUCCAAGUGAUUUCGAGAAUGAUUAUGAUGAAGCAAAUGAGCAUGAUCAGCUGUUAGAAGAUGCUACUAUCGAGCAAACACCGCUAAACAUCAUGUAUUGCCGAAAGACUUAUUACAGCCUUUCGAGUAAGAUCGAGCUUGGGGAGAUGGCAAACAUGUUCUUUGGCCGCACUCGGCGAUUCCUAUUUUACUUUUGUCUGGCCGUCUACCUAUACGGCGAUCUCAGCAUUUACUCGGCGGCUGUAGCUAAAAGUCUUCGUGACGUUGCCUGCGCUCACAACCAUCGCGCCAAUGCCACCGAUGAUGACGAUGGUACAGAACAUUGCUGGCAAAAUGGGAUCCUUACCAGACUGGAUGUGUAUCGACUUUGCCUGCUCGUGUUCGUAACCGUGCUCGGACCAUUCACGUUCUUCAACGUGCAAAAAACGAAGUAUCUGCAAUUGCUCACUGUGUUGUUCCGAUGGCUUGCUUUCACCGUAAUGAUCAGUAUUGCUGUUCAUCGUCUGCUAGUCCCGAGAACACCUUCCACAUUGCCGGUAGUGCCAAAACGAGCAGAUAUCGCCGGUAUACCAUAUUUGAUCGGGACGUGCAUUUACUCUUUCAUGUGCCAUCAUUCGCUGCCGAGCCUGCUAACACCGAUAGCCAACAAGAGCCGUCUGAAGACGCUAGUUUCCUUGGAUUAUGUGAUGAUCGGUGGCUUUUACCUCGCCCUCGCAUUGACAGGCAUCUUUGCAUUUACAGACAUCAAGGACCUAUAUACACUCAACUUUGUGCCUAGUGCAGACCAAACAAACGGGUUGUUAAAAGCAAUUGAAUACUUUUUAGCCCUGUUUCCCGUGUUCACACUAUCUGCCAGCUUCCCAAUCGUAGCUAUCACGCUGCGCAACAAUCUGCAAACCCUUUUCAUGGAUGCAGCACAGCUUGAGACGCAUAAUUUUUUCCUGCGUCGUAUAUUUUUCCCACUCCUUGCGAUUCUUCCUCCGCUCGUUGUGUGCUAUUUUACUGAGAGUGUCAGCAAUCUCGUAGGGUUCACUGGGUGUUACGCCGGAACAGGUAUACAGUAUCUCAUCCCGGUUGCCCUUGUACUAUCCGCAAGACAAACUUGUGACAAUAUGAUCGGACGUGGCAUCAAGAAUGAGUUUUGCAGCCCGUUCAAGGGCACUCUUUGGCCGAUGAUAGUGCUUGGAUGGACCGUUGCUUGCCUUGUGCUAGUAACGAUCGACUUAAUCAUCUAG